GUUUGCUGAACUUAUUUAGGAGCUCUAGUAGUUUUCUUGUGCAUUCUUUGAUAUUUUCCAUAUAUAGGAAAAUAUACUAUCUAUUCAUGUCUUCUAUGAAUAGAUAGUACUACCUCUUUCUUUCCAGUCUGCAAAUUUGUAUGCCUAAUAUUUUUAAGCUAUAAUCCCACCUCAAGAUUUGCAUAACUGAAAACAACCUACAAUGGAGUCCACUGAAAAGCAGCACCGACUCUGAUUCUGCAGGUGAUUAAAUUCUUUAUAUUUUUCUACAUUUUCUUAAUUGUUCGUAAUGAAAUUUUAUUUCUUAGAGAAAGUUAAGAUGCUUAACAAAAAGGGCAAUGAUAGAAAGUAGAUAUUACCAAGGUAGUGAGUUCAUACUAAUCCAUGGGUUAGUGGCUUGUUGGUUUUAACCAAGUCGGUGUUUAUUUUAACCUACCAGUAGCCAUGCAAAUUUGUGGGUGGUCCAUGGGCCUGAGCUGACUAGAUCUGCUGAGUGAAAAAUUGGCCUGUCUGAAGACAUUCCUCCACACUGCCCUCCACAGUCCAAGCUGUUCUAUAUCCAGUAUUAUUUUACAUGGCCGCAUAAGUUUACAAGCCCAUUUGGGUUUGUAGUUCUCAUUAUGGCUUCUUUUUUUUCUCAUUUUUUUUUUUUUUGGUAGCUGUGACACCACUUGAAAUGAACAAUCAAACAGAUGUCACUGAACUCAUCUUCUUGGGAUUUUCCAACCACCCCAAUCUACAGGGCUUGUUCUUCCUGGUCUUCUUGGUCAUUUACCUGAUAACUCUUCUCGGAAACGUGCUCAUAAUAAUGGCCACCAGGAUCAGUUCUGCUCUCCACACCCCAAUGUAUUAUUUCCUCGGCAACCUGAGUUUCUUGGACAUCUGCUACACGUCCACUACCAUUCCAGUCAUGCUGGUGAACUUCUUCCGGGAGAAGAAGACCAUCUCCUACAGGGGCUGCCUCUCCCAGAUUUUCUUCCUUGUGACAGGUGCUGGCACUGAGGGUGUCUUAUUGGCUGCUAUGGCUUAUGACCGCUAUGUAGCCAUUUGCCACCCUCUCCAAUAUCCAGUCCUCAUGGGUGUGAAGGUCUGUGUUUGUUUGGUGACAGGGUCCUGGCUAUGUGGGUUGGUGAAUUCUGUGACACACACAGUGCUGGCAGCCACACUCACUCUGUGCGGGCCCAAUCAGAUCAGCCACUUUCUCUGUGAUGUCCCAUUGCUUCUGAAGCUCUCCUGCUCAGACACCUCUCUCAAUGAGUUUGUGCUCCAUGUGGCCAGUGCCACCAUUGGCCUGAGCCCCUGCUUAUUAACUGCAGCAUCCUAUGUACUCAUCAUCUCUGCUGUUCUUAGGAUUCCCUCUGCUCAGGGCAGGAGCAAGGCCUUCUCUACCUGUGCAUCCCACCUCACUGUAGUGGUGGUCUUCUUUGGAACAGCCAACUUCAACUAUGACAGACCCAAUGUUGGCUACAGCCUGGACAUGGACAUCCUAAUCUCUGUGCUCUUCUGUGUUAUAACCCCCAUGUUAAACCCUAUCAUUUAUAGUCUGAGAAACAAGGAAAUCAAGAGUGCCCUGAAGAAGCUGGCUAGAGAAUGCUGCUUCUCUAGUGAAACCAGUGAUUAAAGUUCCAUCUGGAAAACUUCUCAAUUGGAGAAAAAUGUGAAUAUUCUAGCUGCAAUUUUAAUAGAAUUCUUUUUAUAUAUAUGAUCUCUUGACAACUGUGAUGACCCAUUACACCAGGACAGGUAUGCCUAUGCUGAGAUUUCACACACAGUGAGCUUAAAUUCUGUGUGCUCUCUAAUAUACUGAUAUAUUAGAACAUUUCAUAACCUCCCAAACAAAACUCAGUAUCCUUAGCAGUUACUCCCCCAAUCCCCAAUUUUUCAGCAUUAGAUAACCACUAACCUACUUUCUGUGUCUAUGGAUAUUCCUAUUCUAGAUGUUUAAUAUAAAUGAAAUCCUACAAUAUGUGCCUUUUGUGACUGGCUUCUUUCAUUUAGGAUAUUUUCAAGAUUUAUACAUAUUGUAGCAUGUUUCAAUACUCCCUUCCUUUUUAUCUGUGAAUGAUUUCUAUCUUAUAGGUAUAUAUUUUAUUUACUCAUUUUUUUUCUUUCUAGGGCCACACCCAUGGCAAA